AUGUCUAGACCCAGCAGCGUCAACGGCAGCGAGUCGAGCUUCGAGUUCAUUGAGACUCCUGCCGCUCCUACGUCUACUUUCGAGAAGGAAGAGGAUUGUGGCGUCCGCACUACCAAGUACCCUUCUAUUAAAAAUGCCCCCCUUCCGGCCGACGGACCUGGCUCCGAUUCGUUCUCAAAUACCGCCCUAUUCUCCCUCUUGUUCGGCGUUCCUUACUACCUUUCGUGGAAAGUUGGCGGAUCUCUGGAGACGGCCCUUUUCAUCUGCCUCUUUACCUCUGUUCCUAUCAUCGUGGGCUUCUGGCUUGUAGUCUCAUCGAUGAGCCCCCGCAAGAAUGAUAAAGCCCGCCUUCCCGGUCGCCCCGUUGAGCACUAUCUUACCUUCAAGAAGGCAGCCGAUAAGGAUAAGUACUAUGGCAGAAGAAAGAUUCCAAUGGAAACCUUUUAUGAAAUGUACUUUGAUGGCGAGGUCGAUUUCAAUGGUGACGCACUUGAAGUUCUUGAGUACCGCCACGACUGGGCCGCCUUCCGCUUCACCAUCAACUUGGCAAAAUUUGUCUUUUUUCAGUUCGCUCCUGAGGUCAUCAUGCAUACUCGUUCUCAAGACGAGGAGCAGGUUCGCGACCACUACGACCGAGGCGAUGACUUUUACGGAUGGUUCCUCGGUCCCCGCAUGAUCUACACUUCAGGUAUUAUUUCCGAUAUUACCAAAGAAGAGACCCUGGAGGAGCUCCAAGAUAAUAAGCUGGCUGUUGUCUGCGAGAAGAUUGGUCUCAAGAAGAAUGAGAGUCUUCUAGAUAUUGGUUGCGGCUGGGGUACUCUUGCUCGUUUUGCCAGCAUCAACUAUGGUGCCCGCGCUACUGGUAUUACUCUUGGCCGCAACCAAACUGCUUGGGGCAAUGGAGCCCUCCGCAAGGCCGGCAUUCCCGAGGAUCAGUCCAAGAUUCUCUGCAUGGAUUACCGUGACAUCCCUUAUGUCGAGGGUGGCUACAAGAAGAUUACAUGCCUGGAGAUGGCCGAGCACGUCGGUGUCCGUCACUUUCAAAGCUUCUUACGUCAGGUCUACGAUAUGCUUGACGAUGACGGUGUCUUCUUUCUGCAAAUUGCUGGACUUCGCAAGUAUUGGCAAUAUGAGGAUCUCAUCUGGGGCUUGUUCAUGAACAAGUACAUCUUCCCAGGAGCCGACGCGUCGACUCCUCUAGGUUUCUUCACUGACAAGCUCGAGGCUGCUGGCUUUGAGAUCAAGGGCAUCGAUACGAUCGGCGUUCACUACUCGGCUACUCUUUGGCGCUGGUAUAGGAACUGGAUGGCCAACCGUGAGAAGGUCGAGGCCAAGUACGGCAAGCGAUGGUUCCGUAUCUGGGAGUACUUCCUUGCCUCAUCCACCAUAAUCUCGCGCCAAGGCAGCGCUACCUGUUACCAACUCGUAAUGCACAAGAACAUCAACUCUGUUCACCGCGUCGAGCACAUUCCUACUGCUUAUGGGCUUUCCGGCGCUCUUGCUGCGUCCAAGGUUGACCUUGCUGGCUGGGCCAAGAGCAAUAAUGUUGCCUCUUCCUUGGGCUUUACUCAGUAA